UACAGUGCUACCACAUAAUUUUCACUGUGGCGACACUGUAACACUAAUAAAUUGUAUUCGAACACUUCAAACCGUCCGUUACAAAUUCUGGGACAGACCAUGGACGAAUGGACGAUAGACAUAAAAUAAAACGCAAUUGUUUUCGCUGUUGAAAUUUCGACGUGUAGAACUUUGGAAAUCUAAGAGGUGUAAAGAGAGGUUGUUCGUUGUUCACAGAUCACGGCUGAUAUUUUCAGAACAUUUUCAACUAACUAUAGAAGUCACUAAUCAGUAGGUAGCAGGCAUGUCGAACAUUGUAGAAAUUCCGGAUCCCCGAUCGCCUACCGUAGCUUUUGUCAGAACUCCGUUAAGAGUGGUCAAAAUGAUAAUCGACGAAGAAAAUAUAUCAACAGAGACACGAAUAAACAAUGAAUUAUUUGAAAACGCUUUGUCUGGAAAUCUACUGAUUUCAUCACCAAUUGUCAGUAAUACUUUUGAUACAGAUGAUUCAUUCCAUUCAGCAGUUGGUGAAAAUGAUGUUGAACCUCUGAUAAGCAGUACGGAUUCUAAAGGAGUGAAAGACAGUAAUAAGAAAAAUAGGAGAGCACUGGGGUGCAUUAAAAAUCGUCUGAUUGAAACACCGAAGACAGACAUGCGUCGUAAACUUUGGCGUAACAUGGAGGAUGAAAGAGUAAAAAAAGGAAUUAAUAAUGGAGUUGAAAAUACACCACCAUUACCCUUUAUGAACUUGACUGCUUCAGCUCCUCCAAAAUUAUAUAGACACCGCAAGUUUACAUAAGUUUAUUAAUUAAAUUUUGAUUUAUAUCACUAUUCACCAUAUAAUUUCCGAUUUGGCAUUAUACUAUAUCUUUACUUUUUUCCAUUAAUCUAGUAGCAUAAGAUGAACUGAUGUAACCCAUUCUCAUUUUAUUUACAAAUCAAAUUUUUUUACAUCAAUAUUUGUAAUAUACCAGCACUUGUACAUUUUUUAUGCCUUAAAGUCAACAUAAUUGUUGAGGUCAUCAUGUAUUUUUUUAGAUGUAAUAUUUAUUAUAUAAUAUAAUUAUUAUUCUAUAUUAA